UUUAGACAUUAGAGCCAAGUUUCUAAUUUAAAAUAUUAAAAUUAAAUAUUUUAAUGUUAUUAAAAUAAUAUUAUAAAUUAUAAAUAUAAUAAUAUAUUAUUAUAUUCCACAAUUAAUAAACAAUAGAGAGGUGACUAUAUGUUAUCGGAAAUAAUUUUUUUUAUUAAGUUUAUGUAAACACCAUGCUAUAUUUUAAUUUAUAAGUAUUUUAUAAAUAUGUAUAGAUGUGUAGUAUUUGUUUUAAGUAACUGUUGUUUUAUUAAAUUAAUAAAUAUUUAUAACUUUUUAUUCGUAUUCAAUAUUUAAAAUAAAUCUGAAUUUGUUUAUAUUUAAAAUUUUAAACAUUUUAAACUAUACCUAUAUUUGAUUUUAGUCGGGCUUCGGCAGCCCAAUCGAUAACAUGUACGCCGUUCCGUAAUGUGUUACAUAUCUUAUCAGUUUAUUUUUAAUUGCCAUGGCUGAUGUGGUUUCUCCAAUCGUUAUAAUUAAAAAAAACACCGUUCUCAAAUUGAAAAUGAAAGCCAAUCCAACAAAGAGAGCUCUUUCGUCGUCAUCACCAAACUCUCCGGUCCAUGAAGACAAAAAGAGCAAAUUUUUUGUUUCCCUAAACCGUUUUGAAGUCUUAAGAACGGAUGACGAAAAACAAGACAUCGCCGACCUUCCCGUCUCAUCAUCUAGCGGAAAGUUGCCAUAUCAGAAUAACCUCAAACUUUCUAACAUCGUCCUAAAAAAUGAAACAUGUAAAUCUACGUUUGAACACGGCACUGAUGAAGAAAUUACAACAACUUGCAAGGUGUUAUUAUAUGUUCUGGAUACAUCUCUUAGACUCAUGAGCCCAGUUAUGCUAUUUUUAUCAGAAACCCUUUACUGUGCCUUACCUGGAAAAAUAAAACACAAAUCGCAUAUAUUAAGUUUCCUGAGUCAAUUGAAUAUAUGUAAUGGCGUAAUAAACAGUUAGAUGCUGAUAUAAGAAUAGUGAAGAUAUAAUUACAGCAAUACGUAGAAUUCUAUCAAUAAAUAAUUUUAACAAAAACCAAUCUGAAAGUAUUAUCAAUUAAUAUUUAAUUUUUAAUUUAAAAUUAUAUGAUACAUUUUAGUUUUAGUUAUACUACAUUCAAAAUGCCAUAAAUUAUUACAUAAGUGUGAAGAUAUUAUUCAACAUUUAUCAGGAUCUACAACAUUAUGUUUCUUAGAAGAGAACUCUAAUUUAAAGUUGCAUUCUAUUUCUGAUAUAGUUGGUGAUCAUACUGAAAUUCAUCUUCUUUAAAAGGUAUUAUAUGAGCACUUGAAAUAAUAAUUAGGUCUAUGCUUCGCUCAGAAAUGUUUUUCGUCAGUCGUGGAUCAAGAGUAGGGCUAAAGGGCCUUUCCCCUUUGGAAUAAUUCUUAUAUAAUUAUGUACCUAUUAUGCAUAUGUAUUUAUUUAAACAAUUAAUUGUUCAUUUCAUACUGUUCAUAGUGUUCAUAAAGUCCAUCGAUUAGUUUAAAUACAAAUAAAUUUAAUAUCGUUAUUA